UCUUGUUCAAUUUUGCCCUAGAAUUUCUCCCUCAGCCGCAACCAACACCAAAAUGCUCCUCCUCCUCCUCCUCUCACUCUCACUCUCACCCUCUCUCUCUCUUCCCUCCUCACUCCUCCAAUUCUCUUCUUCACUCAGCUAAGCUUUGAGUUAGGUUUCUGUGCUGCUUUCCAAUUCAUGGAUGCUGUCGAAUUGCCUUUACCUGUUGAAGUUGCUUCCCCACCCAAAUUGACGGGAUCCGACAAUUUCCGCACACCCAGCAUGGUUGCUACUCAUUCAAAUUCAAUUCACUCAUCUCUCAUCCAAAAUGAUGUCGCAAAUAUGAAAACCGCUGCCGAGUUUCCCUCCUGUAAUGAAUUUAUGAAGACUCAACUCUGUAAGAGUUCUAGUUCGCUCUCGCAUCAUAAGGGAAACAUGUUUCCCAAAGAUAUGCCUGGUGGUAAUGGCAAAAAUUGUGCUGUUAUUACUUCCAGACCGGAAGGUGUACCAUCACAACGAAAAGCCACAAAAUCUAACAGGACUAGUAGUUCGUGUUCAAAGAGACCACGGAUGUCACAGUCAGAAGAUUCCAUGAGCGCUAAUGGAAUUGAGGAGUCAAAGAAUAUUUCUGACAAGUUUGGAUCACUUGAUUUGAAGUGUACUUCUCCAGAUACAGAGAAAAGUCAAUUACCAAGACAGAAGAGCAAUAACAGCAAGCGUGGUGAUAAGAGGAACUUUAAAGUUCCUUCUGCAAAGGCUAAAUUUGAGUCAUCCUCCAUGAAAAUGGGGGCAUACGCCUUUAGUUCUUCCUCUGGAGGGAACAACUUUUUUGGUUUAUGUGGUCUGAAACAUGAUUUUCAUGAUGUCACAAAGCUUAUGGAUGAGCCACCAUUAGAUGAGCUCCUUAAGGGAACUUUUAUCUGCCCCAUUUUAAGCAAAGAUAAAGGGAAGAAGGCAUCAAAUAUGAAUGAUAGUUUUUUGAGCUCAGUUAGAAAGGCUUGCUCUGUCUUGCAGCUCCCAAAACCUGUUCCGUCCCAAAAUAUGGCUGAGAUGGAUUACUCCUCCAACAAGAAAAUCUCCACUUGCCAAUUGAGCUCAGUUUGUGCAGUAGAAAGUGUUGGUAAUGGGGAUAAAGAGCAGUCUUGCACAACUGAUAUGCCUUCAUGUAAGAAGGAUACUUCUAGUGAAACAGAAAAUACAGCUAGUCCCCUUGACUUUCCAUUAUGUCAACCUAAGGAAGUCUUGGAACGGAUUGCACUCCAUCCAUUCCGAGAUUUGGAGUCUUUGCUGAUUGAUGUGUCCAAGCCUGCCAUUUCCACAAAGAAUAGUAAUGACCCCCGUUCCGGCAAGCAGGUAUCUCGUCGGCCAAGCUUGCCGGCCUUUCCAUGGUCACAUGCUUUUGGUGGUCACUCUAGAACUAAUUCUGACACCGCUAAGUUAUCAACAAGUAGAAGCACAUGCCAAGCUAAAUGGGCAAGGAUAGGUGUCAUUGCUAGCUCUACAGAUAUUGAUUGCAGUUUGUUCACAGACUUAGAUUCAUUCAGCUAUGAUGAGAGCCUUGUUCCUUCAUCUGGAAGUUCAGACUAUAAAAGAAUUUCAUCUUUAUUUGCUAAUCUUAAGUUGGGUUCUUUGCCUCCUAUAACAUGUCCUAAAGAUUCUCAGGUUAAUGCAGAAUUGGGAGGCCAAGUUGAUCAUAAAGAAAAUGAUGAGCAUUCUCCAAGAGUAUUAGCUGCUGCACAAAUUCUGUGUGAAAUGAAAAAUCAACAACCGAGGCAGAGUUCAGAUGGAAUUUUGAGAUGGCAAAGGAAAACCUCACUCAAGGCCAUGAAAUCUUGCUACUUCAAAUCAAAUGAGAAAUUUGAAGAAACACACUCAUCGUCAGUUUCAGUGAGUGGGUCUGACAUGAUGGCCAGAAGAAUGGACCAGGCAAUGCCGUCAAAGAAGCCAAGGCUUUCCAUAGGCGAGAAUAAGAAUAGCGGUCCCUCCAACAAUGUAAAGAAAGGACCCUGUGGGUGGCCUACUUCAAAAUCAGGUAGAUCAUUACCCAGCAAACAAGUUAGAAACUCUAUUAUAGAAAACAAGCGUACACAUGGGAGCAUCAUGAAGCAACAUUGCAUGAUGCCCCCACCUGCAAGGAAUUUGGAUAAGGCUUAUGAUGGUCAGCAGCAGGUUGGAAAAUCAGUAUUGAUGGAUUGGAAAAGGGGAAGGGACAAGUCGGAUUGAUCAAUAAUUAUUGACUGCAGACUCAUCAGCAGUUGGUAGCUGUUGUGUGAUUAGCAAAUGUUAGGUUAGUAAAAGGCUGCCUUGUAUAUAUUAUUAUGCUGUGGCUGCAAGCCUGAGAUGAAUUCGUUGCUAGAGUUCUUGUUUAAGAGCCAACGCAAUUCAAAUGUUGUAACAUUAAACAAGGGUGUAUAAAACAGCAUAAUUCUUUGCUUACUGAAGAGCAUCACAUGAGUCAAUAUCUACAUGAGACUCUCACCUCCUGUGUGUGUGUAUUAUCAAACUGUAUGUACGCAAACAAGAAUUGCUAGUGCUGCGUUUCGGCCAAGUGCAGGUGUGAGCAACAGCAGUGCCCAGUGUUUGUAUAUUGCCAUCUCAGAGAAUUUUGUGUUUUGGAUCAAUGCCAGCUAAUAGAAGUGAUGUGAGGGCUCACGAAGGCGAAGAUUAAUUUCCGGUGUAAUGAGAAGACUCAAACAAGGAGCGGAAGAUUUCUAGGAGGAGGAAACAUAAUUGAACCAAUCUUGUACUAGAACGAUUGGUAUUCAAAGUCUAUAUAGGUAUGAGACUAUAUGGUUAAGGAUGACUCAUAAGAUUUGAUGAGUACGAUAACAAGGUGUAUUUUCUUUUUUGGUUCUCAGUUCAUAUAAACUCCAAUUUAAUCGUGUU